AUGGAUGGAACUUUGAAUAAAAUUGAAGGAGGAAAAGAAUUUGUAAAUAAAAAAUUUUCUAAAGCUGUCGAAGGAGAGUGGUAUCUUGUUGCUUUUCAAUAUAUUGGAAGUAAUGCAAAUAAUGAUUCUGUGUUAAAUGCUGAAAAAAAAGAUCUCCACGUAAUAGAAGGUGAUAAAUUCUGCGAGAUAGAAUUCUCUAAAAAUAUCACAACACAAACAGUUAAAUUAAAUUUUUAUCCACAACAAUCAAGCGAAAAAAAUCAUUUACUACAAUCGGGCGAAAAAGAACAUUUACUCUCUCGAAAUCUAGUUUAUUCACUACAUAAUGCUAUGAAUAUUACAAAUAAAAAAGAUGCUAAAACUAAAGUUGAAGAAGCUAUCACGAACUUAUUUUUAGAUAUUAUUCAUGAGCCUUCAAUUUUUCCAAUGACUACUAAAAAAUUAAUAAUUUAUAUUAGUUUUAAAGGAUAUGACAGCCUAAAAGAUCUUAUUAAUGAUGAUAAAUUAUUGUUUAAACUUAAACAAUGA